AUGAAUAGCAGAUAUUAUUUUUCACUUAGCUCUAGACUAGCUCCAAUUUUAUUUAAAACCUUUGUUCAUAAAAAUUUAAAUGGAUAUAAAAAGUUAUAUAUGUAUUCAAUUUAUAAACUUAUUUCUUCAAUACGUAUUCCUGAAUUAAAUAAAAUUUUGGAAGAAAAAAUAAGUGGUUUAAAAUUAGACCUGUCAAUAAGUGAAAUAGGCCAUGUAAUAUCUGUAGGAGAUGGUAUUGUAAGAGUGUAUGGCUUACAAAAUGUUCAAUAUGGUGAGAUGUUAGAAUUUUCUUCAGGGGUUAAGGGUAUGGCACUAAAUUUAGAAUCCGAUAAUGUUGGUGUAGUUAUUUUUGGUGAGGAUAGAGGUAUUAAAGAAGGAGAUAUUGUUAAAAGAACAAAAACUAUUGUUAAUACUCCAGUAGGAACAGGAUUAUUGGGACGUGUAGUAGAUGCUCUUGGUAAUGCAAUAGAUGGAAAAGGAGAUAUCAUUUAUUCUGAAAGACGUUUUGUUGAAGUUAAAGCUCCAGGAAUAAUACCCAGGAAAUCUGUUCAUGAACCAGUACAAACAGGUAUAAAAUGUAUAGAUAGCUUAGUCCCAAUAGGACGAGGUCAAAGAGAGGUUAUAAUUGGAGAUAGGCAAACUGGAAAAACAGCCUUAAUUAUAGAUACAAUUUUAAACCAAAAAUAUAGCUAUUAUAACUCUAAAAUAGAAGAUAAAGAUAAGAUGUAUUGUAUAUAUGUUGCUAUUGGUCAGAAACGGUCUACUGUUGCACAAAUAGUUAAACUUUUAGAAAAAAAUGAUGCUUUAAAUUAUACAAUAAUUGUAGCUGCAACAGCUUCUGAUCCUGCUCCUUUACAAUUUUUAGCUCCAUACACAGGUUGUGCUAUGGGUGAAUGGUUUCGUGAUAAUGGUAAACAUUGUAUUAUUUUUUAUGAUGAUCUUUCUAAACAGGCAGUUGCAUACCGUCAGAUGAGUUUAUUAUUGCGACGUCCACCAGGUAGAGAAGCUUAUCCAGGAGAUAUUUUCUAUAUACAUAGCCGUUUAUUAGAAAGAGCAGCUAAAAUGAGUGAUGAACGUGGAGGAGGAUCACUUACUGCUAUUCCAGUAAUUGAAACACAAGCUGGAGAUAUGUCUUCAUAUAUUCCAACAAAUAUAAUAUCAAUAACAGAUGGUCAGAUAAUGUUAGAUAGUGAAUUAUUUUAUAAGGGAAUAAGACCAGCUAUUAAUGUUGGAUUAUCUGUUAGUAGAGUUGGAUCUGCAGCUCAGUUGAAAUCUGUUAAACAAGUUAGUAAUAGCCUAAAAUUAAAUUUAGCUCAAUAUCGUGAAGUUGCAGCAUUUUCACAAUUUGGAUCUGAUUUAGAUGAAUCUACAAAAAAGUUACUUACUAGAGGAUCCACAUUAACUGAAAUUUUAAAACAAAAACAAUAUUCUCCAUUAGAAACAAGUUUACAAGUUGUUAUAAUAUAUAUUGGUAUCAAUGGAUAUAUAGAUAAUAUUAAACUCACUGAAAUCCCAAAAUUUGAAAAUUUAUUUUUUAAAUUUUUAAAAGAUAAUUAUCAAAAAGAUAUAUUAAGUCCUAUAGAAGAAGAUAAAGAACUUUCAAAAGAAGUAGAAGAAAAACUUAAGGAAGCAAUCAAUCACUUUUUUGAGCAACAUAAAUUUGAAGAAAGGAAUAAAAAGUAA